CGGCCGGAGCCGCUGCGGCUGGCCGUGCGCCCUGGAGAGGUUGCUGGGAAGGGGGCCCCGGCGCAGCCGCCCUAGCCAAGCGCUUGCCUGGCCAGCGCGCCGCCGCCGCCCGCGAGGGCUUCCUCCAAGCAAGGCCGCGCCUCCCUUUGUUCGCGCGGAGCUGGGAAGCCAGUAAGGGGCGACCCCCAGCAGGGAAAGCGGGGUGGCCGGCUGCCCUGGCGCGCGCGCGAAGGUAGCCUGGCGGAGUUUUCCCCUUGGCCGGUCACGGGAGGGCUUGGUGCGCCGGCAGGGUGCUCCUUCGCUCCAACAGCGAUGCCCCGAGGCUUUUGACUACAAGGCCCAUCACCGCCCAGCAAGGGCUGUGGCAGCGGCGGAUGCUGGGAGUUGGAGUCAGCAGCAGGCCUGCUUAGCGGGGGCGCCGCUGCCCGGUCCUUGGAGGCAGCCCAAGACGCCGUCCUCCUCGCCCCCAUCCCCUUCUUUCCAAGGUUUCUGCGAGGAUGACCACCCUAACCCGGCAGGAUCUCAACUUCGGACAAGUUGUCGCUGAUGUGCUCUCUGAAUUUUUGGAAGUGGCCGUUCACCUCAUCCUUUACGUCCGAGAAGUCUACCCAACUGGCAUCUUUCAGAAGAGGAAAAAAUAUAACGUACCUGUCCAGAUGUCUUGUCAUCCUGAGUUGAAUCAGUACAUCCAGGACACACUUCACUGCAUCAAGCCUCUACUGGAGAAGAAUGACGUGGAAAAGGUCGUGGUCGUAAUCCUGGACAAAGAGCAUCAUCCGGUGGAGAGGUUUGUUUUCGAAAUCACGCAGCCACCCCUGCUGUCGAUCAGCUCCGAUUCCCUUCUGAACCACGUGGAGCACCUCUUGCGUGCCUUCAUUUUGAAGAUCAGCGUCUGCGACGCCGUGUUGGAAAACAACCCUCCAGGCUGUACUUUCACUGUCCUAGUGCACACGCGGGAAGCCGCCACCCGUAACAUGGAGAAAAUCCAGGUGAUCAAGGAUUUCCCCUGGAUCCUUGCCGACGAGCAGGACGUCCAUAUGCGCGACCCGCGGCUGAUCCCGCUGAAGACCAUGACGUCGGAUCUUUUAAAAAUGCAGCUGUAUGUAGAAGAGAGAGCCCAGAAAGGUACUUGAAUCCAGCUCUUCUCAAUGGGCCUUGAACCUCAAACGAUCUUGAAGGGCAAGGGCAAAAAAAGGUGCCCCUCUCUGCAUAGAGAACAUGGGUGCUUCAACCACUGAUCCUCAGUGACUUUUCACACUGUGCCAAGAGUUUCCUCGCACAUGUGUCUUGUCAAGUGCCCUUAUCUGUCUGUAUAAAAGAGAGUCUGCCUCUCCUUCAGCAAGUCUCUGUGUCUGAAUGUUGCACACUUAUCAAGUUCCUAGACCUGUGUGAGGAUCGAUGUUGAAGAGGAGCAGCGGUAGGAUGUCAGUGGACACCAUCUGUGGUUAUGAAGCGUGUGUGUUUAUGUCUGUGUCGUGACUCUGUCCAAGGUGGGUUAGCUUGUUCGGAGCGUACCACUGUGAAGUUUUUGGCUGUCAAUAAACAGGAAGAUUUUCAUUGUCAAUAA